AUGGCAAAACUCAAACCCGAGGCCGAACCCACCCGUCCCAAGAGCACGCGUAUCCGACGGCUCGAAGUCAUGAAACAGCGAGAGGAACUCGGGAAAAAGUAUACUGAUGCCGGGGUGAAGAAGACGACGGCUAGGAAGACGGGUGCUGCUGCUAAGCCGAAGGCGAAGAGUACCGCUGCUGCUGCGAAGAAGAAAGCUGCACCAAAGAAGGCUGCCGCUCCGAAGAAGGCUACGACGAGUAAGGCGGCCCCAAAGAAGAAGGCCGCGACGACUAAAGCUGCACCUAAGAAAGCUACUGCCACGAAGAAGAAACCUGCCGCUACGAAGAAGACGACCAAGAAGACCAUCGCAAAGAAACCCGCGCCUAAGAAGAAGCCGACCACCGCAUCCAGAACCUACAUGUAUCCCAGGCAAUCCACUGCCCUCGCUCAAGCAGCCCAGUCUACCUCGCCGAUGAGGACCAUAGGCUACGCGGAACCGGUACAGAUGCCCUCCUAUCUGAGAGAAAGGAUGGGGGAAAUGGAGUACAUUGGGCAUGAGCCUCCGUCGCAAGCCAACAACAUCUCACUCGGCCUCGACGACCGCCCCCACGCCUACAGCAGAGGCUUCAAUCCCUCAGGUGGCUGGCCAACCCAGUCCGCCAGGCGAGGCGGCAAGCAGCGCACGACCAGCUUCAGCGGGCAUGGCGUUUACCAUCCCACCGGACCCGUCAGACCUCUCUCCACAGUCAAAUCCACGACGACCAACAGCAAGUCCAAGCGACAGCCCGGCGUCUACUACCCAACCAGCACCCCCUCCACCAGCGACAACGACACCCCCUGGAAAGAAGGCGACGACGACGGGCGCUUCCCCAUCUUACUCAACGCCCGCGCCUACCCCCUCGGCGGCGUCGAGCUGAUCCGCCAACUCUACAGCGCCAAAAACGUCGGCUUCGCCCGCCCACGCGCCCUCGAAAAACAGCACAACGUCGUCGUCAGCGGCAAAGACCUCCGCAACGAACCCCGCCACAAAACGAACCUCCACUGCGAUGCCUGGGAGUUCGGCGGUGUGGCGCUGGAGCGUUUGCUCGACACCGACCCCGGACAGGCACGCGCGGAUAUCAGGGCCAUUGAGUUGGCGAUGUAUGGCCCGAGGGGGAAGCCGCGCAACAAAUCUGACGUUGCGGAAGGUUUCAUCGACGCCGGCGAUCAUGAUGAGGAUGGGUUCGAUCCUUUGCUCGAGGGCCUUCAGGAAGAAUUCGAAGACGACGAUGAGCCCACCCUCAGCGCCGGAACUAUCACCGCGCGCGCCAUGGCCGUCGGUGGCAGAAAUCUCGUUCGUCUGGUCAGAGACCAGCGCAACGAAGGUCUCGCGACGCUGCUGGAGUUGGAGAAGGAGGCGAGGGAGGAGAAGAAGGGGAAGGGAAAGGCGAAGACAUCUUCUCCGCCGAAAAGAAGGGCAGGACGAAGGGCGCCCGUUCGGUCACCGGCGAAAUCUACCAUAGCACAGGCGCAGGAGAAGAAGACGGCGACGAAGAAGGGGAAAACGCCCUCGCCUAAGAAGUCUGGAAGAAAGAAGUGA